AUUGAUUUCCAUCAAUUUAAUUAUUUUUCCCUAUCAAUUCAAUGAUCAAUUUUUUUUCUCCAUCUUUCAAAAUCAUCAAUGAUGAGUUUGUAACAAUUUGUAUGAAUUUGAAAAAAAAAUUGAAUUUUUUUGUUCAUACAAGCUUUGGAUCAUGUGUUUGAUCUGUGUUGAUCAAUUUGGUUGAUUGUUUAUAUAUAGAUAUCUCAAUGAUGCAUCAUGAUUAGGAAAAAAAUAAAAAAGUUUAGAUUUUUUUGGAAAAGAUUCUGAGUUUUUUUGUAUAUAUAAUGAAGCUUGUGGUUCGUGUGAUUGAGGCAAAAAACUUGGUGGGUUUGGAUUCAAAUGGGUUGAGUGAACUAUAUGUGCAGUUAAAGCUAGGAAGACAAAAAUAUAGAACAAAGGUGAUAAAGAAUUUGACACCAAUUUGGGAUGAACAAUUCUAUUUUAGUGUUGAUGACCUUAAAGAAAAGCUUGUUAUUUCUCUUAAGGAUGUUAAAGAUGAAGAGAAGUUCAUUCAUAAUCAUUUGGUUGCAAGACUUAAACUCCCUAUCUCAAGUGUUUUCGAGGAGGAAAAUAAGUCGCUCGGCGAUGUUUGGUAUUCGUUGAAAUCCAAAAAGAAGAAGUUCAAGAACAAGGAGGGUGGUGAGAUUCAUUUGAGUAUAUUUAUUUCUCAAAAUCAUGCAUCGAAUCAUGCAUCCAAUCAUGCAUCGACGGAAUCAAAUGCUUCUAGUGAUCAGUUAUCACAUUCAAGAAAACCUAGUGAUGCGGUUACCUGUUCUCCUUCACACUCAAAAACACUUAGUGAUGCGGUUACCGGUACUCCUUCACAUUCAAGAAAACUUAGUGAUGCGGUUACCUGUACUCCUUCACAUUCAAGAAAACUUAGUGAUGCGGUUACAUAUUCUCCUUCACAAUCAUCCAAUGGGCGUUCGAACUCAUCUUCGCCUGUAAGGGAAGAGAUUACUCCUUCUAAGGAUGAGAAAAGUUCACAAAAAACAUUUGCCAGCCGACUUGCUCAAAUAUUUAAUAAAAUUUCUGACGGGCCUUCAGUUUCGUCCAAUAUAAGCAUGGACUAUGACUUAUCGGAGACGGAUAAGGUUGAAGCUGGUGAGAUUAAAACCGAGGACCAGACUUCUGAUGGAACUUUUGAAGAAAUUGUGAGAAAAAUGCAGUCUGCAGAUCAAGAAAGUGAAAUUCCUAGCAACUUACCGGGAGGGGUUCUUAUCGAUCAAUUAUAUGUUAUUGCAACAGAAGACUUGAAUGUGUUACUAUUUUCACCUAAUUCAAGUUUUCCCAAGUCAAUAUCGGAAGUACAAGGUACUACCGACGUGCAAAUGGGUCCUUGGAAGUUAGAGAGUGAGAAUAAAGUCUUGAAAAGAUCGCUUACGUACAUCAAGGCCGCCACUAAAUUAAUGAAGGCUAUAAAAGGCUAUGAGGAACAAACGUAUUUAAAAGCCGACGGGAAGAACUUUGCGGUUCUAGCAAGUGUUAGCACUCCAGAUGUUAUGUAUGGAAGCACGUUCAAGGCGGAAGUACUUUACGUGAUCACUCCUGGACCCGAGUUGUCAUCAGAAGAACAAUGUUCACGAUUGGUGAUAUCGUGGAGAAUGAAUUUCUUACAAAGCACCAUGAUGAAAGGAGUGAUAGAAAACGGAGCUCGACAAGGUAUGAAGGAAUCCUUCGAUCAGUAUGCCAUUUUGUUAUCUCAAACCGUUAAGCCUGUUGACUCAAAGGAUCUCGGUUCCACCAAGGAACAAGCUUUAGCGGCGUUAAAGGCAGAGCCUCUUUCAGAAUGGAAAUUCGCAAUGCAUUAUUUCGCUAAUUUCACAUUCAUCUCAACUUUCUUAAUGGGGUUGUAUGUUCUUAUCCACAUCUGGUUGGCUACACCUACCACGAUUCAAGGGCUCGAGUCUUAUGGACUUGACUUGCCGGAUUCAAUUAGUGAAUUCGCUGUUUGUGCUAUUUUGACUCUUCAAGGUCAACGCAUGUGGGCUUUGAUCUUGCGUUUCAUGCGAGCUAGAUCACGAAAAGGUAGUGAUCAUGGAAUUAAAGCACGAGGAGAUGGAUGGCUACUAACCGUGGCCAUAAUUGAAGGAAGCAAUUUGCCGGCUAUUGAUUCGACCAGACUUUGUAAUCCAUAUAUUGUUUUUACUUGCAAUGGAAAAACAAGAGGUAGCUCAAUCAAGUUCCGCACGUCUGAUCCUUUAUGGAAUGAGAUAUUUGAAUUUGAUGCAAUGGACGAGCCUCCAUCUGUGUUGGAAUUGGAAGUUAAUGAUUUUGACGGACCCUUUGACGAACCUCAAUCUCUAGGACAUGCGGAAAUCAACUUCCUUAAAACAAACAUAUCAGAUCUUGCUGAUUUAUGGGUGUCUCUUGAAGGAAAGUUAGCUCUAGCAUGCCACACUAAAGUGCACUUAAGAAUUUUCUUGGACAACACUAGAGGCGGGAAUGUUGUAAAACACUAUUUAAGUAAAAUGGAGAAAGAAGUCGGGAAGAAGAUUAAUUUGCGAUCUCCUCAAACAAAUUCAGCCUUUCAGAAACUCUUCGGACUUCCACCCGAGGAAUUUCUCAUCAAUGAUUUCACCUGUCAUUUGAAAAGAAAAAUGCCCCUACAGGGUCGUCUAUUCGUUUCGGCAAGAAUAAUGGGAUUUCAUGCAAAUUUGUUUGGACACAAGACAAGAUUCUUUUUGCUUUGGGAAGACAUUGAAGACAUACAGGUCAUUCCUCCUACAUUUUCAUCAAUGGGCAGUCCAAUAAUUGUCGUAACUCUUCGUCCAGGGAGAGGCGUGGAUGCGAAACACGGUGCAAAAACGCAAGAUGACCAAGGCAGACUCAAGUUCCAUUUCCAAUCUUUUGUGUCUUUCAAUGUCGCAAACAGGACUAUCAUGGCUCUCUGGAAGGCCAGAUCUUUGAGUAUUGAACAAAAGGUCCAAUUAGUUGAAGACGACCCUGAAAACGAAAGUGUUAAUAGCGAAGAGAGUGUAACACUCAUUGGCAGCGAAGACGUUAGUAUGUCUGAAGUUCAUUCUUGUUCUGUUCAAGUUCCUGUCAGUUUCUUUAUGGAGCUAUUUAGUGGAGGCGAGUUGGACUGUCGGAUCAUGGAAAAAUCUGGCUGUGCUAAUUAUUCUUCUACCCCUUGGGUAUCCGAGAACAACAAUGUAUAUGAAAGGGCGGUAUAUUACAAAUUUGAAAAACGUAUUUCGCGUUAUAAAGUCGAAGUAACGAGUACUCAACAAAAAUCUCUUUUGGAUGGAAAUGGUUGCCUUUUGGAAGAAGUUAUGAACUUUCACGGAGUUCCUCUCGGUGAUUAUUUUAAUUUGCACCUUCGCUAUCAAAUUAACGAGUUAGUCCAAAAAACGAAGGGAUGUAAAGUUCAAGUAUUAUUUGGAAUUGAGUGGUUGAAAAAUACAAAACAUCAGAAAAGGAUUACAAAGAACCUUUUAAAAAAUCUACAAGAGCGAUUAAGGUUGACAAUUAGUUUAGUUGAGAAAGAGUUUUUGGAAAGAAUAGGAAAUCGAGCUAAUAUUCUGACAACAUCGUGAUCCUAACUUCACUACAUAUCGACGUAUGAAACUUGAUAGCGCUGUCUGUCGAUAAUCUCAUGAUCAGAAUGUCUUGCAGAUCACUUCUUCUCUUUCGAUGGUGAUAAAAUCAGAGCUAUAAUGAUGCUGAAAAAUCAUUAAACAAGGUUAAUGAUUGGAGAUAUUACUAACUGUUUUGUUGUAAAUGAUAAGUUAGAGUGUAGCAUUGUUAGAUAUCAAAAUUUUGGUUCUUCUGUGUUGUAUCGUUAACAAGAGUCAUGGAUGUUGUAUCGUAUCAUUAAACAAUGUCUAUGUUUGUAUAAUAUCUUGUUGUAAAGUUUGGUUUUA